CUUACUUUUGGUACUGGUACCGCUUCACUUUUCCAGUUCUAUUCCAUAGGAAACGUUUGAGGGGGGGGGGAAAUGCUGUAGCUGUUAUUUCCAAGCUAGCCGUUAGGGAGAGCUACACAGCAAAUUCGAUGUGGAAAGCGGGGGAUGGGUAUCUGUUUUCGUCAUCCUUGGUCCAUGCCUGCCUGGCAUAACAAAUGCCUGAAAAGGGGUACUUGUUGUUGCCAUGGCGACACAGUACAGCACUGCUUCAAAGGUGAGAAUGUAGCACCUUUGCUGCCCUUGACCCUCCCCCAUUUCCUCCUACAUCUAGAGCGCCAUUUUUGAAGCCACCUUUGAGGUGAAGACUACUAGUGCUUGCUCUGGCUCUUGGCCCUUUUUUUUUUCUGGUUUCCAAAAAAUAAAUUUAGCUAUGGAAGACAGCACCAAAAUAGGUGGUAGGGGCGCAAGCUGGAAACCAGAUGAGACUAGGUGUUUGAUUGCUAUUUGGGGAGAAGAGACAGUACAAAUGCAACUCAGCAAAAACCACAGGAACAUCUGUGUGUAUGACAAAAUUGCGUCUCAACUACGUAAACAUGGAUUUAAUCGUUCCGCGGGAGAGUGUAGAACGAAGGCUAAGGCACUGAAACGCGGUUAUAAGAAAGCUGUGCAGUUGUCCAAGACGAGUGGAAUGGGAGCUAUUGAUUUUCCAUUUUUCAGUGAGCUCCAGGACGUCUUUGCUGGAGACGCGAGCAUUGAGGCAAAAAGAGCUGCGGGCGGAAAUGCUCUAAGGUUUGAGAAAAAGACCGACACUCCAGAGAUGCCGCCUGAGACGCGCGUUCUUAGCUCAACACCUAAUGCUUCUUCUGAGGAUCUAUUCACUCAUGAAGCGGUUCAAGAACACUUUGUUUUAAACUUGACUUCAGUACAGGAAGAAGACGAAGACCUGACUCAAAUUGUGUCUGAGGAAGAAGAUGUUGGUCAAACUGGGGAGUCUAAUGAUAGAUCAAGCGACCACCGUCCGGUUCCAUUGAUAUAUGAGUGA